UUAGCACGAUAUCAUUUCCUGUUUACGUCACUUCCGCUGUGUGCUGAUCACAUGAUCAUCGAGCUCUCGUCUUCUCAAAGCUGCAAAAACUCAAGAGGUGAAGCUCAAACUGUUAUUUUUUCAGCCAGGAAAUCACGGGAGCAGCAGCUCGAAACGCACCAUGAAGCUGAUUAUUCUAAAUGACUACGACGAGGCCAGCGAAUGGGCUGCAAAGUACAUCAGAAACAAGAUUUUACUGUUCAAACCUGGACCCAACAAAUAUUUAACACUCGGGCUCCCCACAGGAAGCACUCCCUUAGGUUGUUACAAAAAGCUGAUCGAGUACUACAAAAAUGGCGAAAUCUCCUUCCAAUACGUGAAGACCUUCAACAUGGACGAAUAUGUCGGGCUUCCCAGAGAUCAUCCUGAGAGCUACCACUCCUUCAUGUGGAAUAACUUCUUCAAGCACAUAGACAUAAGAGCAGAAAACACCCACAUCCUCGACGGAAAUGCUGCUGACCUGCAAGCAGAGUGUGAAGCUUUUGAGGAGAAGAUUACAGCUGCUGGGGGGAUUGAGCUGUUUGUUGGAGGUAUUGGACCCGAUGGCCACAUUGCCUUUAACGAGCCUGGUUCAAGCCUUGUUUCCCGGACCAGAGUAAAGACUCUGGCGAGGGACACUAUCAUGGCCAAUGCCCGAUUCUUUGAUGGGGAUCUAGCAAAGGUGCCCACUAUGGCUCUGACUGUGGGAGUAGGCACUGUCAUGGAUGCCAAAGAGGUCAUGAUUAUCAUCACAGGGGCGCACAAGGCAUUUGCUUUGUACAAAGCUAUAGAAGAAGGUGUAAACCACAUGUGGACAGUGUCUGCCUUCCAGCAGCAUCCACGGACUGUUUUUGUGUGCGAUGAAGAUGCCACCCUGGAGCUGCGGGUCAAGACUGUCAAGUAUUUUAAAGGGAUGAUGCAUGUGCACAAUAAACUGGUGGAACCACCUCCUUCAGAAGCAAAAAGCUAAAGAAAGGGAAUUAUUUUGCAUUUUAUGAAAAAAUGGGCAUUCGUUAUAAAUGAUUCAACUGUCAGAAUGUCUCAUCUUCUAGUGGAAAUGUCACAUUUUAAUGCAGAAAUAGUUUGAUACACAGACAGGAGAUUCUGUCAAGUUUACCGAUGAUUACUUAAAACAAUUGUCUUUCUACUGUGUUCUUUGUAAUAAAUCUACUUUGAUUAUUACACCUUGA